AUGGCUCGAACUCCAAAUUCCCGACUCCAAUGGGUUCUCAUUUCACUUAACUGGAUAGUAAGAAGUUACUGCGCUUUGUAUAUGAUAAUAUCAGAUUGUGAUGAAACUUUCAACUACUGGGAACCUUUAAACCUUUUAAUUAGGGGUUUUGGAAAACAAACAUGGGAAUAUUCUCCCGAAUAUGCUAUUAGAUCAUAUUUUUAUCUUGUUCCAUACUAUAUACUAGCAUAUCCAUUGCAGCUAAUGUCUUUUUCUUCGGUAGCGCAAUUCUACUGGAUUCGAUUUGUUGCAUUGUGUGGGUUUACAGCUUACACUGAAUUUAGCUUGUUUACAAGCAUACAAAAGAAUUUAGGAUCUAGUAAAAUUGCCAAUUGGUUCUUAUUUUUUAGCACUAUUGCUCCUGGUAUGUCUCAUGCCAGUGUUGCCCUAUUACCUUCAUCGUUGGCGAUGAAUUGUGUGACUCUUGCAUCUGCCAAUGUCUUGUCAGCCAUGAAUCAACAACCACAUCAGUACAGAGCUUCUACGAGUGUGUUAGCAAUAGCCCAAUUUUGUGUUGGGGGUGUUAUUGGAUGGCCAUUUGCCUUGGUUUUGGCAGUACCAUUCGGUAUUUAUACAGUAGGAAGCAACAUCCUCAAAGAUCCUUCGCAGUUAUUCAAAAUUAUAACUGGUUCUAUUAUGUCGCUAGGUGCCAUUCUUGCCGCAAUUACUUCUAUAGACUCUUGGUUUUAUCAAAAGCUUGUACUUGUUCCACUUAACAUAGUGUUGUACAAUGUAUUUGGAGGUGAGGGUGAAGGUCCAGAGAUUUUCGGAGUAGAAGACUUUAGCUACUACGUUUUGAACCUCUUAUUAAAUUUUAAUAUUGUGUUCAUCUUAGGUUAUUCGGGAUCGAUCUUGAACCCACUUUUCAUUGGUAAGAAGGCAUUUUUAGUAUCGACAUGUCCUUUAUUACUAUGGUCACUUAUCUUUGGCUCUCAACCUCAUAAAGAAGAAAGAUUUUUAUAUCCGAUUUAUCCAUUAAUUUGCUUAAACGCUUCCAUAUUAAUUAGCUUCAUUUUCACCACUACUUCAAACGUGCUCGAAUCUAUCAAGCUUAGCAACAAAUGGGUAUCCAGGAGCAUUCAAUUGCUCUUUGGAGGCGUUGUUGGAUUGGUGUCGAUUUUAAGAAUAUUUAACUUGGUUGAGAAUUAUUCUGCUCCACUAACUGUUGCAGAAGAUUUGUAUCGUGAAUUGGUUGAAAGUGGGAAUGGGGAUGCAAAUGUAUGUGUUGGUAGAGAAUGGUAUCAUUAUCCCAACUCAUUCUUCCUCUCUUCGAAUUCUAGACUCAAGUUCGUCAAAAGUGGAUUUAAUGGAUUAUUACCUGGAGAUUUUUUGGAAGAUGAGGAUAAUUUAAGUUCAAUUUCAGAUGUGACUUCAUCGAUACCAUUUGAUAUGAAUAACAAGAAUCAAUUUUCAGAUUCAAAAGUCACUUCGUUCAACCAAUGCUCGUAUUAUAUUGACAACACAUUACCUGUCGAUCUCGAACAAGGAGAACACUCCAUUAUUGAGCUUAGUAAGAGUGGUGAGGUUAUUGUGAAUGACAAUGAUUGGGAGCUAUUGGCUUGCUCAAAGCUUAUAUCAAUGGACGGUAACUCUUCUGGAUUGGGUAAAAUAUUGUGGAUACCUCAUUACUUUAGAAAGUUUAUUGCAUACAGAGUUGAAUAUAUGCAAUAUUGUGCAUUGAAAAAGAAGGAAUAG